AUGACUAGAUUGAUAAAUAUAAUAACAGUAUUGUUCAGUUCAGUGCUUGUACUGGCAAUUGGAUUCCAGGGCCAAAUAAUUAACAUCCCCAAACAGGUAAACGAGUUGUAUCAUGAAAAGAAUGUUGUAGUGGUGAAUGGCGACAAUUACCCAGCAAGAAUUAAAGUUGACUUGUAUAAUCUUGAAUCAGAUGAAAAAACUACCUCAUUGGUCCAACAAGAUUAUUCAUUCAAAUUCCAAGAUUUGAAAGCUGGAAUAUAUGAAUUAAUUGUUAAUUCUUAUGAUUUUGAAUUCUAUACAAAUAGAUAUAGAAUACUUGUCAAUGACGAAAUAAUCUUGGCAUUUGAAGAUCGUCUUGGUGAGAACUCAUAUAACAAAACAUCAGAAGUUAAUAUUACAAAAACACCACUAACUAUUAAUUUCAAAUACACCAAGCAAUUCUAUGAAAAUCCACAAGGUUCAAUUGGCGAUUGGUUCUUGAAUGGCCCAUUCGGAUUCAUUUUCAGAAACAGAGUAUACACCAUUAUAUUUACUGUCAUGAUGGGUCUUCUGGUUGCACCAUAUGUUCUUAAAUGGAUUAAUCCUGAGUUAGCUAAAGAGCUUCAGGAGAUCCAAGUUCAAGCAUCAAAGCAAACCCUUGAGAAAGCACCAGCACCUUCCAAAUCACAACCUCAAGGCAAUAUAAGAAAACGAAAAUAA